GUGAGCGGCCGGCGACUCCUGCGCAUUGUUCAACCGUACUGAGUGGUGCGCGGGUCAAGUGUUGUGGAAAAUGGCUUUUCAUUUCUAUAUGUUGGCAUUAGUGUUCGCGGCAGUGACUGCCGCCCCUCCUGCCCCGCAGCGCUACCAACAGCAGCCUGCCUUACACCAAAUCAACCCGUUGGAUUACUAUUUGGAACAAUCAGUAGAUAACUACUACAGACCAUCGGAACAGAAACAAGCCAGUGCAAAUGGGGCUCCAUCUCGCUUGGAGUCUUUGGAGCCAGACAGUGAAGUAGAACUGGUGCCAGGAGUGCAACAGCCACAGCAGCCACCGCAGCAGAAUCCAGUAGCUCCCAACGUGCCUGGUCUUGUUCCUGGACAAAGAGUGUUCAUAGUGCACAUGCCAGUGCCUGGAUACAGUCCUGGAAGUAUUGGAGGAUACCAGCCUGUGUACAUUGUGGCUGCAGCUCCUCAAGGAAACAAUAGAUUCCCUGGCAAUGGCUACCAAAACACAGUUCUUCUAGACCCGUCAGGCCAGGGCGUGGUGUCACCAUUUGUAGGAUACCCGAGAGGUCUGGUGCAGCCUCAGCUAUUAGGCGCACCGCUGGCGUACCCCAACAGGCCUUACGACCUCGUCUACCAAGACCCUGGACUCGCUAAUGGAGCUGGACAGCCUCUUCAGGGAGACGCGGGUAGAGGACCCAUCCAUUUCUCCCAAACAGUCGGCCUCCAAGGACCAAUCAACCCUGCUGCCUACCAAGGACCCCCCGCCCAUCUUGCCCAUCUCGCCCAACCAGGACCAGCACAAAACAAUAGAGUCGCUAAUGUUGCUCCAGCCCAGUUAAAACAAAGUCAAGGAGGCGAAGACACCAAAGAAGCAGUUGAAGCCAAACCAAACAGACCACAAGCACUGACACGAAACAAGGCAUAGUGAUAAUCGACACAAAUUAGUUUUACUUUGUUAAAUCGAUUUACAAUCGGAUACCAUCGAACAAAUAAUCGAUUCGAAAAGAAUUAAAUUGUUUUAGUUUUAAAAUACCUAAUGCAAAUUAUGACAGUUUUACAUUUGUAAGUUAGUUACCAAAUCAUAAAAGCAAUGCAACAUAGUUAUCUACUUAUAUUUAUUAUGAAAAAUAAAAUAAAUGUUUGAUACGUAA